CACUCGAUGCUACAAUCGAGUAAUCUACUCGAUUACUCACCGAUUGCCCACGAUUCAAGAUCGGCGUUACCUACGAGGGAAGGUUUGACUACGCCGAGGAGCGCUCGCGCUCCGGUCGGUAGGAGGACUCCAGGCACUCUACCACAUCAACGUUUGAAGAAGGAGAAGUCACUGGAGAGUCCACCGGAGAUGGACUCCCCAGUAGGCAGCCUAAACAGCGAUUUGCGACGGCAAAAUGACGAGCUGCGCGCUCGUCUCGCCGGCGAGGCUGCUGACCAUAAGCGCAGACUCGAUGCCUACCGUCGAGCUCAACAGGGGCAGGCAGCGCUCGUGUCUAGGCUUCAGUCUAAGGUGCUCCAAUACAAGCAGCGAUGUUCGGAGCUGGAGCACCAGAUGUUGGAGACGACUCCUCGCGACCCGUCGUACCGGCCGUCGAGCAGCAAGACCACCAUAGCGCUGCCGCCGCCUAUCCCGGCUUCUGCCAGCUCGUCAGGGUCGGAUACUCGCCGGGAUGAGAGGAUCAAUGACCUGGAGACCGCUCUUCGCCGGUUGGACGAUGAAAAGCGCAAGUGUGAAAAACUGUUGUCUCAAAACAAUCUGCUCCGUGACCAACUGGAGGAGUCCCACCAGCUGAAUGAGGCGCUAACUGGAGACCUGCAGAAGCUGACCAACGACUGGGAGGCGCUGCGGGACGAGAUGUCCAUCAAGGAGGAUGAGUGGAAGGAUGAAGAACAGGCCUUCAACGACUACUACUCAAGCGAGCACAACCGCCUGCUCAACUUGUGGCGAGAAGUGGUCUCGGUCAAGCGCUGCUUCAACGAGUUCCAGUCGAACACGGAGCGAGAUCUGUUCCGUGUGAAGAAUGACCUGGACUCGUCUGUUAGAGACCUGGUGGGAACGCUGGCUGGAUACUCCAUCAAUGCGCAUGCUGCUCAAGGAUCUAGGCCUAUAGAUAACCCUGGUCACAACCCAUGUUACAACCCAGGCACCACCAACGUAGGCCUAGAAACGCUCCGAGUCGAACUUCGCGAGAUGACCACGCAGCGUGACACGGCGCAGGCUGAGCUGCGGGAAAGAGACGCCCGCAUACAGCGUUUGCUUGGCGAACUACAGGGGCUGGAGGAGCGCUGCGACUGCGCCGAAACGAUGUGCUCGGAGGCGAACGUGAUGCGUUCGGCGUUGGAAGAAGUGGCGCGUGCUCUCAUACACGACUCCGAGGCCGACAUCGCGCCUGCGCUCCACCACCUGUCUGAUAGAUCACCAAAACGCAGCGUUUCACAGUCUGCAAACGCAACGGCAUUCGCUGAGAGCACGAUAUCAGCUGUGCAGGCCGCCCUCCACAAAUACCAGAUUCAGAUUCACGAGCUACAGGUCAAACUUCAAAACUCAAGAGAACAGCUAGCAACCACCCGAAAGCAUUGUGAAUCAGCUGAUUCCAACAUCGUCUCUCUGGAAGCCAAGAUCCAUGAUCUACAAACUAAAUUGGACCAAGCCAAUGGAGAUCUCAAUCAACUUGUGCAAGAAAAGGAUUUAAUGCAGAAGACCAUAGAAACGCUGAGAAUCGACAAGAACAACUUGGAGCGAAAUAGAGUCGAAAUUAAUGCUAUGGUGGAGUCUCUAACUUCGGACUAUGAGAAGCUUCAGAAGAUAAACUGCCGUCUAGAGAAGACUGUAGAGUCGUUGGAAGCCGAGAAAAGAGCUCUGAAUGCUGAGGUGGACCAUCUGCAUCGAGAAGCCAGUAAUAGGGAGUCCAUUCUAAGGGCCGAAGAAGAGCGCUCCACCCGCCUUCGCACAGACCUUGUUUCUGUGCGCGAGGAACUUCACAAGACCACGCUGUGCCGUGACUUGCUCGACCAGCAGAAACUGGAAGCCGACGCCAUCAUCUCGCAGAUGGAGAAACACCGCAGUGACCUGGAAAUCGAGCUAGAAAGAACAAUUAUGGAGCGCGGCGAUCUGCAAGACCUUGUAGAGAAGCUCGAGGCUGCCAUCAGAAACCUCGAGGGCGAUAAGAAGAAGCUGCAGGAUGACGUCAAACACCUAGAAGACGAGAAGUCCUCCCUAUCCAACCAGUCGUCAGAACAGCAGGGCGACCUGAACUCCUUGCGCAAGGAACUCCUGGCUGCAGAACAGACCAGGAUGGAGCUGGAAGCUGACAAGGCUUCCCUGUACGAAAAGAUCAAGUUCUUGGAGCAGGAACGGGAGAAGGUGGAGCUUGAGAUGAGACAAGUCAUCAGGGAGCGCGGCGAGCUCAGCUCCCAGCUAACGGCUAUGGUGCGCAAGAAAGACACUCUGAAUGAAGAGAUCAUCCGCCUUCAACAGCGUUUAGAACAAGCUAACGAGACCAUCGGCCGCCUCAACCGAGCUCUGGAAGAUCACGUCAAAGACGGAGAGGAGAAACAGAUCCUCAUAGACAGCUUAGAGAAAGACAAGCAACACCUCCAAGAGCAGUUAGCCGGCGUCCGUUCAGAGAAGGAUGCGUUGGAAGCGGUGCUCUUCGACACCGCCAAUAUGCUGGAAGACGCCGACAACAAGCGAAGCAAGUUAGAACAGGAGUUGCAGCAGACUCUGGUGCAGCAGGAGAACUUGAAAGGUCAAAUCGCCCGCCUGACCAAAGACCUGGACAACAGCGAGAAGAAACUGCGUGACACUCGCAACAGCAUGCAGCAGCAGUCUGGCAAGAAGGAGGCGGAGUACCAGCAGAUCAUCGCCAAUAUCAACCGCACAACUAAUGAGAAUAUCACCAAGUUGAAGGAGGAAAAGGAACAAUUACGCCAAUCCCUCGAGCACAAACUCAACCAAACCAUAGCGACUCUGUCGAGCGAGAAAGAGUCAUGUGAAGCCAGCGCGAGGGAAAGAGAGAAGAAGCUUCUGACUGCGCGGGACCAACUCAUUUUGCAGCACGACGAAGCCAUGCUCAGAGCGGAGAAUGAUAAGCAACAGGCUUUGCUCAUGGCCCACCAAGAGCAGCAAGCUCUAAUCGAGCGUUUAGAAGAAGCGAAACGCUCGCUCGACUGCGCGUCCAACAAACUAGAGCGCACGCGCAGGGAGGCGGCCGCGCGCGCCGAGCAGGAUCGUGGCGCCUGCAACCAACUGAAAGAUGAAAUAGCCGCUCUCAAGUCGCGUCUUGAGGAAGCCAAAGCCUCAUGCGAAGACGAGUGCGCCCGCUACGAGAAUCGCAUCAAAGAGUUGCAUCUGGAGAAAGAAGCGGUCUGCCGCGAGAACACAGAAGCGCGCGCGCAGCUGUCGCUCGUCGAGGAUAAGUACGACAAUGCGUACGCGCAGUUACAGGAGACCUUGAGGAAGCUGAAGGAGCUGGAAAACGAAGCCGACGGUCUUCGCAAAGAACUAACCGAUGUUCGCCGUCAACUCACCAACUGCACAGCCGAGCGAGACAAGUACAAUAGCAGCUGUCGCGAGCUGAGAGACCACGUCAAACGGUCUGAGCACGAGAGAAGGGAGGCCGCCAGGGCCAGAGAUGAGGCCUAUCAUAAGAUCGCUGGUCUGGAAGAAAGCCGUACAUCCCUCGAGAUGGAGCUAUCCCGCGUUCAAAACAUGCUAAAGGAGUCGGAGACGGGCGGCGAGCACGUGACUCGCGACCUGAAGGCCACGGAAAGCCAACUGAAGCGCGAACGCGCUGCCUUGGAGCAGGCCCACCAUGAUAUCAAGGAACUGCAGUCCAGACUACAAAAUGAGUGCGAGGAACGCGAGCGCUGCGCUAACGAAGGAGCAACAGCGCGGCGCCACGGUGCCGAGCUUGAAGCAAUGUUGGGCAACGCGCGAGCUGACCUCGCUUCGUGCCGCCAACGCGCAGCUGAGUUGGAAGAAGCUUGUAGGGCCAGGGACCAGGAACUAGUGCUGCGUCUAGAAGACUGCAGAUCCAAAGAACGACGGCUGGAGGAACUGAAGCAUAAUCUCGAAGUGUGUCUCGCUGAUGCUACACAACAAAUACAAGAACUAAAGGCUCGUCUCGGAGGUAGCGAGGGUCGUUGCAGAGCGUUAGAAGCAUCGCUGACUCAGUGUGAGAGUGGCAAGCGCGAGGCCGAAGCAAAACUAUCAUCUAUAGCGCACACACUGCGAAGAGUUUGUGGUGUGCAGCCAGAUGGAAGUGUGCACGCAGCGGCUCGCAGGAGACUGGCCAGCCCGGCUAGGAGAUAUAGCCCGCAUAGAGGUCGCGACCAUUCAGAAGACCGGAAUGAAAUCAUCGAUGUAGAUCCUGAACUUAUAAAGAAGGGUGUCAGAAAUCUGAUGCAUGAAGUCUGCCAGAUUGAAAGGGAGAAGGACGACUACAAAUCCCAAGUAUCAGUCAUGAAGAAACAGUUGAAGGACGCCAGCGACCAACAAGGCAAAGGCGAGGGCAAGUUACAGUCCGUAACGAGCAACCUCCGCAACGUGCAGGAAGAGAAGGCACGCUUACAGACUGCAGUCGGGCAGAAGGAGGCACAAUUGACGGCUUUGAACGAAUCUGUGCAAACGAAGACGGUUGAAAUCAGCAAUCUUCGAGACAAAAUCACAAGUCUUGAAGCCACACUGAGCUCGGUCACUGAAGAAAAAGUUCAAAGCGACAACAAGGGCGAGAACCUACGUUUACAACUUGGAGAACGCGUGCAAGAAGUCGGGCAACUUCGCGAAGCAUUGGCAGCUGCUGAAGGUCGUGCUGCACGACUUGAUGUUAGAAGAGCUCAGUUAGAAGGCGAUAUACAGCGCGCCGCCGUGGCCGCUAGAGACAGGGACCAAGCUCUGAAGAAACUUCAAGAACGCUGCGAAGGCUAUACCCGCACCAUAACCUCGCUCGAAGAACGCUGCACAUCUCUCAAAGGCACAGUAGAACAGUUGUCGACAUCGCUUCAGAAAGCUGCUUCAGCCGAGAGCGAGCUUCGAGCAGAACUCAGCAAAGUGCAAAGGCAACUCAAUGAGGCUAAAAAUAACGAACAUAAUGCCGUGGAGAAACUUAGGCAGCUGCAGAAGAGUGUUUCAAACUGCGAGAACGAAAGGCGCGUUCUAACAGAGAAGUUAGAGAGCGCUAAAGCAGCACUCGGCGAAUUCAAGCGCCUCAACUCCAGUCUCGAAGACCAGGUGCAUCGCCUCACUAACCAGCUGGCCAAUGUUGAGGUGCAAAGGUCGGGACUCGAGUCCCAACUGCGCAUGACUACAUGGGACGGCAAGGAGAGCAGCGACAGCGAGCUAGAGCGCGAGCUACACGCGUUGCAGCGCGAGCGCUCCGAGCUAAAGGCUAAGGUCGACGCUCUCCAAGACACAGUGAAGAGGCUUGAAGCGGAGAGACGCGCGGCCGCCACGGCGCGGCCUUCCGCUCUCAGGAGCAAGAGUCACGAUCGUGCUGAUAAGGGAGUCUACUACUCAUCCGACCUCGACUCAGGUCCGGAUUCAACGAAAGACUCCAUGAGAUGUUACAAGGAGGUUCCGUGCAAGGACCGAGGCUUCACCGCCGACCUCACGCUGCUUGAGCUCGAGAACAGAGAGCUCAAGAUGAAGAUCCGACGCCUUGAGAAGGAGCUAGCUGAUAAGGAAUCUGAACUAAAUCUGGCUAGGAGUCGCUACGUGAGCGAUCUAUCAACUUGCUCGCCUAGCAGGCGCCAGGACGCCGAGCAUUACCGCCAGGCCGCGCUGCAGGCCGAGCGCAUGAUGGAGGCCCGUGAGGCCGCGCACAGGCAGCAGAUGCUGCGCCUGGAGAACCAGGCGGCUCAACUUCGCGCACAGCUGUCAGCAGAGAUCCGACGGCGACAGGCGUACGUAGCACGCAGCGGCCGCGCCGCUCGUGACGUGCAGCGCCUGCGAUCAGCGCUUGGAGACUCGCUGCGGACUGUCUCACAGGAUCCUGCCCUGGACUGCUAUACUCUGGAGCACGAGACGAGGAAGCUGGAUAGCACACUGGCCCACAGCCUGCCUCCGCUCAACGACAGCUAUGAUUCUUCCAACAAAUAGACACCGCGACGUUACACCCAGAAGAAUACUGUACGGGUGUCUUAGCACA